GGGAGCGCGCAGCAACGGAGAGAGAAGACCCGUUUGAACGCGAGGAGAGAGAGAGAGAGAGAGUUUGAGUGCGAGUGGGUGUGAGAGAGAGAGAUCGAGAGUGAACGAGAGGAGAGAGAGCGACGACCGUGAGGGUCCGGGUGCCUGAGGGACGGACGACACGGAGAGGGGGAGGUCUGAGGGAGCGCGUUAUUGUCUGACAGACCGAGACAGGUUGAAUGAAGCUGCACCUGGUGCUUCUGAGGGCAUUUCCCAUGUUUUGAUUUGCUCUGUUUUUUUAACUUUCUAAACUUGGUUUCACCGAGCUGUUCCCUGCCAUGCCGUCCAACAGUCCUGCUACUGGUGAACCACCCCAGACGCCAGAGAACGACACUUCUAACGAUGUGAGUGAAGAUGGUGCAGACCAGGACAGUCCAGAGGAGGGGACACCGGCGAGCCCCCGCAACAAGCGCAGAGUGGGUCGUCCCAGCAGGAAACGCAAACAGCUGCUUCCUGAGAUGGCAACCUCUGACCCCUGUGCAAACGCCCCCCCAACUCCGCCUGAGGAGCCGGCGCCUUCACCCUCCCCUCGCAAGAAGCGCGGGCGUCGGAAACAAGAGCCAGCGGAGAGGAAUAAGGACGAGCCAGAUGACAGAAACUGCGACUCCCCCAGAGAGGGAGAGACUGGAAGGCUGCGGAGAAGGCCAGUCCCCAGAGUAACUUUUCAGGCUGGAGAUCCAUACUAUAUCAGCAGGAGACAGAGAGAAGAAUGGCUCAGCCGCUGGAAGAUGGAGGCAGAGCGACGGGCCUACCGGGAGGCAGAGAUAAACAUGAUGGAUGACCUCUCAGAAGCUGACUUUCAGAAAGAGGAGGAGCCCGCCAGCCCUGCCCCUCCCCCUUCACAACAACACACAGACCCUGCCUCUCCGACGGUCGCUGUGACACCCGAGCCGGUCGCCAGGGGAGAACAGGCCACGCCCAGUGAGAUUGAAUACCAGGAUGGUCGGGGCUUUGGCAUCGGGACUCUGGUGUUUGGAAAGCUGCGAGGUUUCUCCUGGUGGCCCGGCCGGAUUGUUUCCUGGUGGAUGAGCGGCCGGAGUCGAGCUGCAGACGGCACUCGCUGGGUAAUGUGGUUUGGUGAUGGCAAAUUCUCUGUGGUCUGUGUGGAGAAGUUGAUGCCCCUGAGCGCUUUCUCAUCUGCCUUCCACCAGCCAACCUACAACAAACAGUCCAUGUACCGGAAAGCCAUCUUCGAGGCUCUGCGGGUGGCCAGCGUCCGGGCGGGGAGGCCAGUUCCUUCCUGUGAUGGCAGUGAUGAUGCAGAGGGGGUGGAUCUUCAGACCAGAGAGAUGAUAGAGUGGGCCAUGACCGGCUUCCUGCCCGCUGGUCCACAAUCAUUGGACCCUCCAGAGGAGGAACAAAAUCCAUAUAAGGAAGUGUACCCAGAGAUGUGGGGGGAGCCUGAGGCUGCGUACACACCUCCACCUGCAAAGAAACCACGCAAAAACACGCAAGAAAAAGCAAAGAUCAGAGAGGUGAUCGACGAAGGGACCAGAGAGAGACUUAUAUUUGAGAUCAAAAAGAAGACCAGGAAUAUAGAAGAUAUCUGCAUCUCCUGUGGAAGCCUCAAUGUCUCCCUGGAGCAUCCUCUGUUUGUAGGAGCAAUGUGCCAGGGCUGCAAGAACUCGUUCCUGGAGUGCGCCUACCAGUAUGACGAUGAUGGCUACCAGUCCUACUGCACCAUCUGCUGUGGAGGCAGGGAAGUGCUCAUGUGUGGCAACAACAACUGCUGUAGGUGUUUUUGUGUGGAGUGCGUGGAUCUCCUGGUCGGGGCUGGCUCGGCAGCGGCAGCCAUCAAAGAAGACCCCUGGAACUGCUACAUGUGUGGACCCCGCAACACCUACGGCCUACUGCGACGGCGGGAUGACUGGCCCUGCAGACUACAGCAUUUCUUUGCCAACAACCACGAGCAGGAAUUUGAGCCGGCCAAGUUGUAUCCCCCAGUUGCAGCAGAGAAGAGGCAACCAAUCAGAGUCCUCUCUUUAUUCGAUGGCAUUGCCACAGGUCUUCUGGUGCUGAAAGAUUUGGGCAUCCAGGUCGAAAAGUAUGUUGCAUCAGAAGUGUGUGAAGACUCCAUCACUGUCGGCAUGGUUCGACACGAGGGACGCAUCAUGUACGUGGGAGACGUACGCACCGUAACUCGCAAACAUAUCGAUAAAUGGGGACCAUUUGACCUGGUGAUAGGAGGAAGCCCCUGCAACGACCUUUCCAUAGUCAACCCUGCAAGGAAAGGACUUUAUGAGGGGACCGGCCGGUUGUUUUUUGAGUUUUACCGUCUGCUGCAUGAGGCGCGGCCAAAACCCGGCGACGAGAGGCCGUUCUUCUGGCUGUUUGAGAACGUGGUCGCUAUGGGAGUCAGUGACAAACGGGACAUCUCCCGCUUUCUAGAGUGCAACCCAGUGAUGAUCGACGCCAAGGAGGUUUCUGCUGCCCACCGCGCUCGCUAUUUCUGGGGAAACCUGCCCGGCAUGUCCAGGUUGUGCUUUUCUAAAUACUGCAGGCCACUGACACCGAUGGCAAACGACAAGCUGGACCUACAGGAGUGCCUGGAGCAUGGCCGCACAGCCAAGUUUGAGAAGUUGCGUACGAUAACGACACGCUCCAACUCUGUGAAGCAGGGGAAAGACGAGCAUUUCCCCGUCUACAUGGACAACAAGGAGGACAUACUGUGGUGCACCGAGAUGGAAAGGGUGUUUGGUUUCCCCGUCCACUACACCGACGUGUCCAACAUGAGUCGUCUGGCCAGACAAAGGCUUCUGGGGCGUUCGUGGAGCGUCCCUGUCAUCAGGCACCUUUUUGCUCCUCUGAAGGAGUAUUUUGCCUGCAACUAGUCACACACACCAACUCCCUCCCACGUACAGACACACACAUAUAAACAGAAACAGACACUGAUAACCAUACACAGUGUACAGUCAGUACAUGAAGGUUGGCUGACGCAAAAUGAAACAGAUGACCGGACAUAGACACACAAACACUCACAUACACACUCUGUAAAGGACUGCUUCCUGAGAUCCCUUGUAGACCACUGGCUGACCUUAGUCCCCUGGUGCUACCGUGCUACCACACACACACACACACACACACACACACACACACACACACAGGUACAGUUUUCUGUCAUACACAAACUUCCUGUCCGACCUUGAAACUGAUGUCUUCUGGCUUUACUGUGUCGUAUCAGCUGGAGUUCAAACCUCCAGGGGGCGCCAAACUAACACAGAUGCCCUGCCUUUUUUCUGUCUUUAAGAUCUCUAUGAAUACGUACAAACAGACCAAUGAGUCCCGCAACACUUUACUGUAUUCAUGUGUUGUGAAAACAGAAAGACACACAAACACACGUAACAUUCGUGGUGCUGGUCAGGCAGUGAUACAAUCGAAAUGGUGCCACUUUAAUACAACACUUUUACAGAUUUUGGUGCUCUUGGAGACUGAAUGGUCUCUGCUUGUUUCAGUCGCUGCAGUUUUGAGUUCAAAUAGACGAGCAGGUGGAGGCAACAGCAGGCAAAACAGGUAGCUGUGAGGUUUAAGGAUUGAAUGAGGGUGCAGGAGAGUGUCCAAAAGGAAGAUAACGCAGCUUAGAUUUCUUGAUGCAUGCUCCAGGUAAGGAAAUCCCAAAAAGUUGAUUCUGGACAUAGCGCUUUCAAUGGGAGGAACGUUUCGCUCGAGUGAACAGCGGAAGUGGAAGAACAUUGUACCAAAAAGGCUUCAGUAAAGCUGGGAAGACACCUAAAGGAAGCUCCAGGCAAUCCUGGAAAGAAGGACAACUGCUACCUAAGCAAAAAUGUUUAUUGAUCUUUUUUUUUUCAGGAGUAAUAGAACAGCUGAGACGUAUUUUCUGUAAACACCACGUCUCGGUAGCUUUCAAACCCUAAAACACCCAGCGCCAAAAAUUGCUCCCCCCAAAGGAUCAGGUCCCCCAGCACAAACAGAGUAAUAUAGUUCACGCUGUUAAGUGCCAGAAGGAUUGCCACGAUUCAUACAUUGGGGAAAUCAAACAACCUCUGGCUAAGCGGAUGGCAUCUCUGAAUUGAGGAGGACGCCUAAGAGUUCAUCUUUUCACUUUCAUGCUGUGAUUGCAGUCAUUCCCCAACUCUCUGUGAAUGGUAUGGCAAUUUGCAUGUUUAUGAUCAUGAAACUGACCUCACAGUCCAUUGUUACUCACUGGUGCUAGUUUUAGUCAUUAUGCAAAGGUACUGUUUAUAAGGUUGGGGAAACCUGCAGUCAGGUGAGACUGAGGAAGUCACUGAAAAUGCUACGUCCAGAUGAACAGAAUCAACUUUUUGGGACCAGCUCAGAUUAAUAUAUAGAUCGUUUUUCUUAGUGUGACUACAGCUUAAUAAGACUAUAACCUUUAAAUGUUUCUUAAAGGAGGAGGAUGCUCUUGUGCUACAAAUAAUCCUUGCAGAUGAAUUUAUACCUCAGUGCAAAGAAAAGAAAGAAAAAGAGAUCCACUUUUAUCUAAAGCAAAAUGAAAUAAUAAAAUAAAACAGAAUUUUAUUGGGAUGCAGCUGUGGUUUGAGGAGUUUAUUUUACUUGUUAAUGUUUGAUUUUUGUAUUUUUCAGUAGUUUCUUGUGUCUCCAGGGUGGACUUACUAUUAUCACUUUAGUUUCAGUGUUAGUUUUACUUCUCCUUAUUAUGAAAUGUAUGGUAGUUUUUAUCAUGAUGGAAUAAUACAAUACAACAAAACAAACACAGAGAUGAAGACAUCCUGGUGUCCUCAACCUGGUUGACAAAUUGACUAAAACCGAAGACAGUUGCUGUAUAGUUUAAUAUUUUAUAUAGUUUUGUAAGUGUUUUGGUUAGUUUUCGUUUUAUUUCAGUGAACUAAUUUGUGGUUUAGUUUCAGUUAACUUUAACAGCCUUAUUAUAAGAUCAAAAUGCUGACAUAUAUAAAAGCAAAAAACCUUCUGAAUGUAAACAAAAGUUAUGAAAUUUAAAACUAGUACAGUAGAAACAUCCUUGCUGCUGUCUGCAUCCUCAGUGUUUAGAGUGCCCUCUAGUGGGAGACAACCAUACUUCAUACUGCAAAUGUACUCUAUACACCGUAUAUAAAACACAAGCUACUUCUACUUUCCUCACAACAAGCAAACCAUCUCUGUACUGUACUGAUUACUUCCUGGUGGUUUUCAGACACUAGGUUCACGAAUGCUUUUAAUAAUGAAAAUAUUUCCUCGUGUUUCACUUACGCUGGGAUGACAACUGUUAAAUGACUUUGGUGCUCAUUUUCAAUGUAAUAUUACUCUGAUGUCACUCAGCUGAUGAUCAUCAGGAACAAGUAGAUGUUAUCAUAUUAUACCAAAGUUUGCCUCGUUAACAUUAUUGGAGGCAGAAGACGACGUUCAUUGGAUGUUAGGUUGAUAGAUUUGAAGUUAAAUUCAAGUAAUCUCAAAUUUAACUUGAUUAUCUUUUGACUUCCUCUAUUUCUUCAAGGUAUUGUUUAGGGCUAAUGGGAAAUUUCUGUAAAAUGUUAUGCUAACAACUCUCCAGCAUCAUAAAUUCCAAACAUUAAGUAAUGUGCAAAAUAAUUUAGUGUUUGAGUGGAUUUGAGAUCAUGAAAUGCAAAUAUAUUUAUUGUUUAGGACGUGGCACAGUGUCCUCCAAAUGUGUACUAACUGCACUAACUCCAAUGCUUUUGUUGUCUGUUUUUGAACUGGCAUUUGAACAUAAGAUCCAAAUACUGCCAAGAUACCAAAGUAGAAACUGGAUUUAGCUUUUGUUUCAUUCUAUUCAUAUUUUAUUUUUUAUAUGUACAGUGAACUCAAAUGUAUACUAACAGUAUUCCGAGUUUCAUAUGAAAAUCUCACCUCAAAAUAGAAGUGAACAGUUUUAAUCAAACUUUUUUUUUUCCUUUAAAUUCACAUCAACUUAGCAGAAGAAGGUCUUUUGACAAUUCCUUAAAUAUGUUAGAGAGAAAUCAGCCGUUGGUGAAGUAGGACCGUGUAAUACCACUUUGUACCACAAGAUAGCACAUCAGGUUUAUGUAUUAUUACUUAGGCUGGCAGUCUGGCAAAUGAAAGGAGUAAAUGAAUGAAAGGCCUCUUGAGGAAUAAAAGCAAAUAUCAGAGGGUAAAACCAUAUCAACAGAGCCACAUGGAAAACACUGCCCCCUGAUGGUGAAGGAUUUAGUUAAAAGCUGCAAACAGCUGCAAAAAGCUCCUUUAAAGAGAAAGCCCCUCGAGGCAUUUAUUUGGACAGUUUUGAAAUACUAUCUAAAUUAGCUUUAAUUUCAAAGGUCACUGGGACAUAAGAAACAGAAAUAAGAAAAAGAAAGAAGGUAUUUUUCCCCUGGAAGUUAAACUUCUAUCAACAUAGCAAAAUUCCCAGGAUCUCAGUUCAGGAUGUCUGUGUCUCUGUUUAUGUGCUUUCAAUCUCCAACUCCAACCAUAGGGAAUAUAAAGGACAGGAUUUUAUCCAUCAACUUAAAAUAACCAGUAGUCUUUUCUUGCAUUGCCCCCUGCUGGUCAUUCAAAAAAAAAUCCAGGUUUAAGGCACUUCUGUCUUUUACAGAAUGAGGUUAAACUCAUUCUGCAGGAUUAUUUCUGCCUGCAGAGCACCAUCGCCUCCGAGAAGCAUUAACCUAAAACAUUGGUGGUUAGAAGUAGAAAACAUUCAGCAUCCUCUUCUCAGCAGCAUUUUACGCUCCCUCCUCUUACAAUGCAGCUUCUUUCUGUGCCUCAGCUCCACUGUCAGUUAAGUGACUAGUCUGCCAUCCCCCUGGCACUCGUUCUCCCCCUGUGCUUCACAGGGAUCCAAAACGUCCUACAGUCACCGUUCUGCGUCGGCUGAAAGCAGAGGCCGACUUUACUCUGUGGACAAUAUGCUGGCUUUCUACUUCCUGUGACUGAAACAGAUAGCCCUGUAUAAAUAAAAAGAAGCUUCCUUAUGUAACACAGGUUCAGCUGUGUGAGCCUUCUUGGGUGUUUCAUCUGCCUUUCACCCAAUGCAUGCUGGGAUGAACUCAGCUGCUCUGUGAAGAGGAAAUGUCAUCCAGUGUGGUGGCUGUAUUUAUUACACACACACACACACACACACACACACACACAUGAGAAACAAGUUCAUAUGUAUGUUUUAUUUAGACAGGGCUGCCUUUAGAGAAAACACUUCAGUCUGGUGCUUUUGGUCCUCGGACGACCAUCUUUUCCAGGAAGCCUUCCGAUCCUCAGACCUUCCUCAGAUACCAGCUAACAACUGGACACAUGCAGUCUAUGCCGUCUCACACACACAAACACACACACAGACCUUCACACAAACAUGCACAACCUCUCAUAGCCACAGUAAGCCAGCAGGUUCAAAGAUUUUGUUCCAUCGUGUUUACUCUCCGUUUCUACAACCAACCUUCAGGUGCUUUUUAAACUCUGCUCUUUUUUACAGUGCUCUUCCUGCAGGUCUCACACACACUCACACUCUCAUUUGCUGGAAACAGCCUUCAUGCUUCUCCUUUCGCUACAGAACACCCAACACCGCUACACUCACACAUGCAUACACACUGUGUUCUUGCCGGCCGCCUGUCCGCCAUCAGGCUUUCCGCAGCGCUGCUGGCUGUGACAUCAUCAUGGCCCACGACGCUUGGUGCUCCCAAAUCCUGCCCACCCUUACCCUAAUCUCUCCCUCACUCCAAUAACCCCACCUCGCCCUGCCCUGCCCCUCCCCAGGUGCUGCAUGUCAGUCAGUCAGUGUAAUCUCCGAUUCCAUGUUAGUUUAGGGAGUAACGAUAAUAAUAAUAUGGUAAUAAUAAUUACAGUAAUAAUCUGUUAUUGUGUGUGUGUACUGUUCCAGGUUGGUGCUCAGUUCAGUUCAGUCUCAGCCUAGAGUGGAGAGAGAGAGGCUAGAGAAAGCAUAUAUUACAGUUAGUAUAGUGACUUGUUCUAUUUUAAAUCGUUGAAGCUAUGAGCCGCGCGAUGCUCUCAAACAGAGACGGGUUGAGUUAAAGCUGUCUGUAAAAGCUGAAUUUCCACUGGCACAAGGCAGUUCCCAGUCUGGAGGUCCUGAGACUUAAGAAACGUAUUAAUAAAAUACAUGAGCUUCACAGAAUUUUAUCAUUUCAGAUUUAUUUAAGGCCGUGUGCAGAUCUGAUCCAUGCCAAAACAUUUAAAUCAAAUUUAAUAACUUAGUUCCUAAAGUUUUGGUCAACCGGAAAUCUGAGCUUCUUCAGAAGCUGUUAAACAGUUAAAUAACUUCACAACUUUUAGAUGGGGAUAUUUAUAUCUAGAUGUAUAUACACGCCAAAGUAGCCAUAAUAUUAAAGUACCUGCCUAAUAUUGUAUAGGCCCCCCUCAAUCUGGGAAGUUUAGAGGCCACAUCCAAACAUCAGGCUUGUUGUUGCGUUCCUCGAGCCAUAUUUGUGGUGUGCUGAGGGAGACCACUGCCAUUGGGGAGUGCCCUUGCCAUAAAAUGUGUGAGCUUGACAUGUAAGCCAUUGCUUGGUGGGCGUUUUGUGACAAAGUGACACCUGACUGUACGCCAGGAUCCAAAUUUCUCAGCAGAGCAUCGCAUUAAAAGCGUGAUCACUCACUGCAGCUGCCAGUGGUUUAAGUCUUGGGGCUCACCGGCGUUUGUUAUAUUUGCUCUGGAGGCUGCUGGUUCAGCACAGGCAUGACGAUUUUCAGCCUGUUUACAGUUUCCAGCUGUUUAUUUUCCUUUUCUCCAACACGUCUCUGUGUGAGAGCUCCAUGGGGGGGAAAAGUGUGAGGAAAGGAGCUGACGUUUUUAAGUGAUGGGUGAUACGGUGAUGAUGUUUCUGUUCGCCUAUCGACAGCUUUUAGGCUGAGUGAUGCGCUGUUUUAAACACUGAUACACUUUCAAACACACACAUACAUACACAGACAAACACACACUGCUAUGACACAGAGCAACCGACGCUCACACGCAGAGAUACAUGCACAACACCUACAAAUACAAUGCUGUGGCGCAUGCAGACACUCAUCUCAUGGACUAAAUGUAAGAUGAGCUUUUAGGAAAAGGAGGACCUGUUGGUGUUUCAAAAGGUGCUAAAAUUUUAUCUGAAAACAAGAAAAAUUUAUUGUUAGGAGUAUAAAUCAAGUUUGUCUUUACAUUUACUGUAUUUAUGUUUGCGGUAGUGAAGAAAGGCACUAUUAUUAUUUUACUCUUGUAUGAAUAUGAACUAAUUAAAAAGGCAUUUUAACUUUGUACUUGAACAGUGUAAGAAAUGAACCGUGAAUAAACAAGAACUGUUUAUUGUGA